AUUAUUAUAUAUUUUAGCGUUAGUUUAUUCAUAUUAAAAAUAAAUAAUUUGUGUUUUUAGUGUAUAUUUAUCAAAUAAGUAAAUGGAAACUUUAACUCUUACAAGAUAUAUAGGUUAUUAGCAAAGUAUGAACAAUAUAAGGAUAGAAGCAAUGUAUGGUUAAAAGAAAAGUUUCCAAAUAAUAAAGUCAAACAACGGGAAAAUAUAUCUAAUAAUGAAAAAGGAACUAAAAGUGAAAACAAAUAAUCAAAUGAAACUUUAUUAAAUAAGGCAAACUAUUUUACAGAAAUUAUAGAUUAUAAUAAUGGAAUGAUUGACGGACAACAUUUCCUUAUCUAAAAAAAAGUCUAUGAUAAAAACAGGAGAAUUAGUAAUAUAUCUUUAAAAUAAAUUAAAUUUAGAAGUUACGCAUUUGGAGUUUUCCUAUUUUUUAAUUUGUUCUUGUUAGAUAUAGCAAUAUCCUCGUUAGAAGAAUAAAAACAAUUGAAUAUUUCUUAAAGUGAAAUUGAAAAAAACGAAUUUUACAAGAAUUUUGCGGAAGUCUCAGCAAACACAUAUCCAGAGGUAAUAUAACCAUGUAUAAAUAUUAUAUUAAUUAGCAUAAUUAUGGUUAUAUUAUCAGUUAUACAUAUAGUAGCUAUUUGUAUGAUUUUAUAAAAUAUUGAAAAAUAUAAAAGAAUUAUUUUAAUGACUAACUAA